AUGGAUGUUGUGGAUUUAGGUAGUAUGAUCAGCCGGCCACAAAAGCACAAUAAGGUGUAUGGUCUUGAUAAUCCUCAGUUGCAACUUGCAGUUUUGCAGAAAAAUUUGCCUGCAGCCCAUCUCAUUUGGCAAGAGUAUGUGAAAAACUAUAGCACGAGUAUCAUUGCUUUGCGUAGAUUCAUUUGGUCAUUUACAAGGUUAGGAGAUUUACAAUCUGCAUAUAAAACUCUACAACAAAUGGUGUCAUUAGCCAUCAGUGGAAACAUUUCUAUUACUAGAACAGAUUAUGGGAAGUUGUAUUCUACUAGAGUGGAUAUUCCUGUUCCUUCAAAUAAGGGGAUAGGCUUAGCCACAUUGGACUUGAAGGGCAAAAAUAAAUUGGACUCUUGUAAGAGUACUGAAUUAGAUGGACUCAAUGGAGAAGAACACUCACUGCUUAUGAAAGUGUUGAGGUGGUCCUUUAAUGAUAUAAUACAUGGGUGUGCAAAGCAAAAGAAUUAUAUGCUUGCAAGGCAGCUUAUGUUACAGAUGGAAAAUCUUGGUUUGCAGCCAUCCUGCCAUACAUAUAAUGGCAUUAUUAAAGCAGUUAUUUCCCAUGGAAGUUUUGGGGAUGCUUUAGGAGUGUUGAAAAAAAUGCAGCAGAAGAAUUUGAAGCCAAAUGAUUCAACUUUAGCAACACUUUCAAUCACAUGCAGCAAAGCACUACAAUUAGAUUUAGCUGAGGCUUUGCUGAAUCAGAUUUCUGAAUGUCUAUAUCCACAUCCUUAUAAUGCUUUGCUAGCAUCAUGUGAUGAAUUGAAUCAACCUGAACGUGCUGUGCGAGUGUUUGCCAAGAUGAAGCAGAAAAAAGUUUUGCCUGAUAUCAGGACUUUCGAGCUUCUAUUUUCUUUAUUUGGUGUUGUAAAUGCCCCUUAUGAAGAAAGUAAUAUACUGUCACAGGUGGAUGCUUUUAAAAGAAUAAAUGCUAUAGAAAAGGAUAUGGCCACAAAUGGCAUUUGGCACAGUCAUCUUUCAAUAAAAAACUUGUUGAGAGCCCUUGGAGAAGAAGGGAUGAUAAGAGAACUGAUUCAGUAUUUACAUGUGGCAGAGAAUCUUUUCAUUUAUAGAAACCCUUCAUUGGGAACACGUAUAUACAACAUAGUGUUACAUUAUCUUGUCGAAGCCAAAGAAAGCGACAUGGCAAUUGCAAUUUUCAAGAAGAUGAAGUUAUGCGGCUGCAACCCUGACUCUGAAACAUACAAUAUAAUGAUUGACUGUUGUACCAUCGGAAAAAGUUACAGAUCUGCUUGUUUGCUGAUUUCAAUGAUGAUACGGAAUGGGUUUUGUCCAGGGAUAUGUACAUAUACUGCUUUCAUUAAGAUUUUGCUGCAAGAUGAGAACUUUGAUGAAGUCAUGAAUCUUUUGAAACAAGUCAUAUUGGAUGGCAUCCAACCUGAUGUACUGCUGUUCAAUACUGUUCUUAAAGAAGCAUGUUACAAGGUAAUUUACUUUUCAUAG